AUGGAAGCAACUAUAUUACCAAAUCCAAAGGAUAGCAAUGCUACUAUCUUAUUAAUGGGGUUACGUAGAGGAGGAAAAUCGUCAAUAUGUAAGGUUGUUUUCCAUAACAUGCAGCCCUUGGAUACGUUGUACUUAGAGAGUACAUCUAAGCCAACUACAGAACAAUUUUCACUGUUAAUUGACUUAUCUGUUAUGGAAUUACCAGGCCAGUUAAAUUAUUUUGAACCGAAUUAUGAUUCAGAAAGAUUAUUUUCAAGUGUAGGAGCGUUGGUUUAUGUUAUCGACUCGCAGGAUGAGUAUUUAAAUGCCCUCACUAAUUUGUCCAUAAUUAUCGAAUAUGCAUACAAAGUGAAUCCAAAGAUUAAUAUUGAAGUGUUGAUUCACAAGAUAGAUGGUUUGUCGGAAGAUUAUAGAAUUGAUGCGCAAAGGGAUAUAAUGCAGAGGAUUGGUGAUGAAUUAUUAGAUUUAGGAUUAGAGGGAGUUCAAGUUUCAUUCUAUUUAACAUCUAUUUUUGAUCAUUCUAUAUAUGAGGCCUUUUCCAGAAUAGUGCAGAAGUUAAUUCAUGAAUUGCCUUCGUUAGAAAAUAUGUUGGAUAAUUUGGUGCAACAUUCAUCCAUUGAUAAGAUCUUUAUUUUUGAUGUCAAUUCGAAGAUUUACGUGGCAACUGAUUCGUCUCCUGUUGAUAUUCAGACCUAUGAAGUAUGCGCAGAGUUCAUUGACAUUACUAUUGAUUUAGAUGACUUAUACAUUGAAAAUGAAAAUUCAAAGAAUGAUAAUGAAACAGUAAGUAAAAAGCAAGAGCUAAAAUCAAUAUCUCAUUUAUCUAACGGAUCCUUACUUUAUUUGAAACAGAUGAUCAGAGGGCUAGCAUUGGUCGCAUUGGUAAGGCACGAUGAAAAUAACAGUGACCUUUCAUUGGAUAGCUUAAUGACUAUAAUAGACUACAACGUGAGCAACUUUAAGAAGUCAUUAAUGAAAAUGUGGGAGAAUUCUAAACUUGUAGAGCAAUCUCAUAGCGAAAAUAACGAGUUGGUGAAUUGA